CAAAGGAUUAGAUACAGUGGUAAGAUUUAAAACAAAUAAUACCCCUGAUUUUUGAAGAGAAAAAACGAAAGUAACCAACAAAAAGUGGGUCGCCGUUUGACAUUAAUACAGUACACGUUUUGGUCUUUGAAAUUAUAAGCAAAAAAUGGGCCGCCGUCUGACAGGACAGUACACGUUCUGGGCACGUGUAACUGAGUUCGCGCUUUUCAUCCUCUUUAUCGACCAACUACCGAUGUUUGAAAACGACUGUUAAGGCUCAGCUUUCAAUGGUCAUUGGGGUUGGUCACUGAGGUCCCUCUUGAGAGAACAGGGGAAAAUGAAGGAAAAGCAAAGGGAGAGGCAUGGGGCCCAUUUCUUUCAGAGUCAGUGACCAUUGAAUGCUGAGCUUUAAGACUGCGUCUUUAUGUCGUACGCCUGCUACGGAGUCGCGUUCAGCCUGUUCUAUCAUUAUGGUGUGAUGUUUCAAUCAUUGAUUUCUCUUGUUUAAUACCAUUUACGUUACCAAGCACGACCACCUUCAUAACCUCCUGAUGUUCUUUAUUUUUCCCUGGCGUGGCAAGCUGAAGUAUAUUCGGAUGUAUUGCGCAGUGACGCGCCCUUGGAGUUGCUUCGCACUUCUAUCGGGUGCUUUUUCCGGCGCCUUGAGUACGUAUUACUCAUUCUUUGGAGGCUGUCCCAUGCUGCGCGACUUGUGUUUUUUGGGCGCUGUUCCGAGUCUUCUGUACGUGGCAGCGUGGUACGCCGGAGAGAGCGGCGAAUGCGAUUUGUGGGGACCUGGUGAGUGAUUGUGAUUGAGGUGUGCUAUGAUGCAUGGCGGAGACGCAGUAAUCAGUGCUGGCCGACAAGAACGAAACCGUGCGCGUAGUCAACGAAAACGUGCCAUCAGCCGUGUGAUCGAAUGGAUGCAGAAGCAGCCAAGUGAUCAAGACGAGAUCAAACAAGGCUAUAAACCAGCUCUGAGGAUCAUGAAAAAGGUAGUUCUCUGAGGCGUCUGGAGGACGAGCGGCAUGAAGGCGUGAACCACCAGGAGAUGCGUGAUUAUAUACGAUCGCCCGACACAAUGAAGAGGAGUCUCAUAGCGGAAAGACGAUGAGAAUCGUUCCACAUAUGAUCAAGAUCAACGAGGAAGCUAUAACCGAAAUAAUAUGCGAAACAACUAGUCAAACCGAUUGCUGUUCUCAAGCAACGCGAUUUGAUGUCGGAUUUUCGCAGUUAUUUUCGCAGUUUAACGCCUCUAGCAAGUAGCAUUCGUUCUGUGACAAGAAAGUCUGACGAGAAGUUACAAAAGGAACCUUUGUCUAGGGUCACGACUUUCACUUUGACUUGUUGAGUAUACUACGAAGAUCAUCUGGUAGAUAUAUCGUAGGGCGGUGCAUUCGUGAUUUGUUUCCCCCGAGUUUCUGAC